AUUUAAUGUCUCUAAUGGGCGAGGAAGGUUUUGGAUUUAUGAAUGGAUUUCCACCUUUGAUUCUUCAUUCCCUAGCUACCUGUGGCAUUUCCUCAAAUCUUGACGAUCUGUCUAUUUUCUGUUGACACACCUAAUGAUGAACUUUGACCUUACUACAGUGUAAACAAACUUCUCAGCGCCGACGCAGUUUUGGAUUUUUAGUAUUUAUACCACUGCAUCACCUACCUGGGAUUUAUUUCAAGCUAUCUGUGAUAACCGAGUGUAGCCUGUCCCUCGAGUGACUCACGUGUUCUGGUUUAUGACUCGUUUUGGGGUUAAAACAGCAAACAUUCAACGAGAAAUAUUUACCCGGUGAUAAAACUACUUCACAAGAAAACAGGAGAUAUUUUACAACUUCCGUUUAAUGGGGAAUAAAACCUGCUGUCAUUAAACUACAAGGGAUUAUUACAACGUACCCAAACUACGGAUUCUGACUUGUACUAAAAUCUAAGUAAUUUUGAAGAUGGAUGUCCGAUUUGUGUGCUUGUUGUUAUCGGUGGUCUGUAUGGCCGGCUUUGGCGCAUCAGCUCCGGCAGUUAAUACAGGAGCAGGGUCAUCUUCAUCAAACAAGAUACAGAGUCUAGAGUCAAAGCUUUCAAAACUUCGCUCAUUGUUGACAGAUAUUUCUAGCAACAAAAAUGGACAGUUAAGAGCUGAGUCAAAAUCUACAGAAUCAAAAAUGGCGUCAGAAUCAAAUAUGUCACGUGACAAAGAUCAAAAGUCACAGAGAGACUUGAAAAUAUCGGGAGAUUCCACAAUGACAGCAGGGCUGGCUGGAUUACAGGGAAAAACCCUUGAGGCCUUAAUGCUGGCCCUACAGACACUGACGGACCAACAGCUACACCAGAACGUCCAACGCACAACGGAGACUCAUAAUGUUGACAUGGGUACGUUUCGGGACGAGCCUCUACCAGAUCCGUCCAAUGAAAAGCCCAAACAUUCUACAAAGGAUUCUGACGUCAUCAAACUAGCAAAACUUCUCACAGCAGCCAACUCAGCUGACGUUACUUCAGAAGAUAACGACGAAGGCUACCGCCAACCGAAGGAGGGGCGAUUUGGAAUGUUCCGGGGGGAAGCACUUCGUCUCGUAGAAGACAAGCUUUUAGGAGACGUGGAAUUGGCGCUUGAAAGUGGUCUUACGCUUGACGAGAUUAUGAAUGACUUAGAAAAACAAGAAGACAAAGCCAGAGCACGAGAUCUUCUCGCGAGACUUGGGGACAGAAUUCCACGUCAUUACCGGGACUGAUAACAUAUCUCAAUGUUUUCGAUAUCUACUUUAUUCUGUUAUUGAUGUUUCAUGUAUAAAGGAAUUUACCUACUGAUAAA